UUAGUAUAGAACUUGUAGGGCUUCAGAGGCGACUUACAGUCUCAAUGACGUUGUGAAUGAGCUUCUUGGCCUUGUUGACCUUCUCUUCGGUAUCGGCCAUGAUGAGACAGUGCAGAUCUUCUUCCUGGUUGCUUGCGUGCGCGGCAUCAGACCGACCCUUACCCUCCUUUACGGAGCCCUUGCCACGAAUGGCGAUCUUGGCACCUGAGUCUCCCUCCAUUUUCUUCAGAGUGUUACCUCGAGGUCCGAUAAGUAAACCAACUUUAGUACGAGAGAGCUAGUAUUAGUGUCUGAUUCGCAAAGAUUAGAUGAACGUGUAAGGGUUAGUCCAUU